CGUAAUCGCAAGAAAAACAAAUUUCACAACUACACUAAACAGAGAAAAUAGAAGUUCAUAUUUAAUAAUUCAUUUUACUUAUUCUUUUUUUAAAAGUAUUGGUACUUGAUACUGAGAUUCGAGAUCUGGGUAAGAAAACACGCGUCUGGCUUGGGACCUUUGAUACCGUUGAGGAGGUGACGGGUGCUUAAGAGAAGGUGGCACGUGAUUUCCGCGGUGCUGAGGCGAAGACUAAUUUACGAAUUUUCUUGAGAUGAAUGAAAUGGUGACCACCGCUGGCGGCGGUUUCACGCGGAGCCCUAGCCAGAGCAUCACUCUUGACUGCGCUUCUCAUCCGGCGGCAGUUAUAUCGGCGACCGCUAGGACUGUUCCAUUUCAACUUGAGCUUAGUUUCGGCGGCGGCGCGUGUUACCAGAUCCCGACGACGCAUCCUGUUUACUUUUUGGACCUUUUGGGAAACGGAGGUCGUGGUCAGCCUCCAGUGUCGUCCGCGUUUAGGUUGCCCGUGAUGAAUGUACCAACGAUGAUGGCUUGUGGUGCCCAGAGAAACUCUGUUUCGUCAUCGGUUGUCAAUUUUGAAGGUGGGAUUGAGAAGAGAUCGCAGACGUUAGAUUUAGAUCUAAACUUUGCUUUGCAGCUGAGAGAAUAAUUUCACGUAUUAUUUUUUUUUCUCUCUCACAUGUUAUGUUAUAUAUAUAUAUAUAUAUAUAA